AUGGAUCCGGUAGCUUUCAAUGCCACUCUCCCAAUCUCCCGCCUCUUGAUCCCGGAGCUCUUCUCCGAGAUCAUACAUUAUGCCCUCGCCGCGGUACCUCCACAAAAGCGAUAUCAGGCGUAUGAUCUAGAGAAGCGUGGAUCAUGGUCCUAUACGGAUCCUUCGUUUCCAAUAUUACGACUCGGAGCUGCAGUCGUGGCAUCUCAUGUUUGCCACGCAUGGCGAGUGCUCAGUCUCGGGACGCCGUCCUUCUGGGCCCCCUAUAUCGGCUUUAUACCUUUUGCGGGCAGUGAAUUUUUGGCUCGCUCCGGACAAACGCCUGUCGACAUCUAUCAUGACGAAGGAGUGGAUGAAGAUUGUUGGGCAAAAAAGGCAGUCGUCAACACAUCGCGUAUCAGAUCCAUCUACGUCCGCAACUUAUCUACCAACGGGAUAUCACUGCUCGAGAGAACUCUAUGUGGACGUCUCGCAUCAUUAGAAAAAUUGGCUCUCGAGGUCGACCACAAGACGAGCGAGAGCCAAUUGAGGCGUUUACCAGAGACACUUGUCGCACCUAAGCUUGGGUCGCUUCGUCUAGACCAGAUCUUCUUGUAUCCUGUUUGCCGCAAUCUCAACAGUCUGUCCAUGUCCUCGAUCACGGCCCCGAUGGAAGCCCUUCUCGAGAUCCUACGAACCAACUCUCGCUUGUCAAGCUUAGAUUUGCUGUCGGUUGAUCUCACCGAGAUCAACGACACGCGCCGAGCAGAGCACAGGAUCAAGCUGCCUCGGUUGCAAAGAUUCCACUUCUAUGACCAUGAUGGGACAGAAAGUACGAACCGCAUAGCCUCGCAUCUUCUCCUGAAUCUUGAGAUGUCGCCAAAACAAUUCGCAUUAUCCAUACUGGAAUGGUCGGACGAGCUCUUACAGGAGUGUCUGGACAUCAUCUACAGAGAACACCAGCCGUCGCUACUCUGGGUGGACGAUGACGACUUCGAUUUCUUCACCUUACCGCCUUCCCAUCCAUCCGAGAUACCCCCGAAAUUGGAUUUUGGAAGCGGGAGAAUCGGCAUCUUAACAGGCCUUUCGGAGGCCCUUGGGCCCGCGUCGACGAGUCUGCAAGACAAGAAUGUCGGUCACAUCACAACUAUAGCGAUUCGGCAAGUGGACAUUGCUGGCACCGCCGAGUACUACCCAUUUGAGGAAGAGCUGCGCGGGCUCUGGUGUGCAUUCCCAGAAGUCGAGACGUACUGGAUAAAGGGGCUACCUUCGGGCGGGGAAUACGACGUUUUUCUUGACGCGCUGAAACCCGGGAGGCUUUAUCACUCCGAUGAAGACCAAACGCCGUUUCCGCGUUUGCAGACGUUAGGGAUCCAGUCCAAGUUCUCAGAUCCUGACCCGGACUUACUGGCCCACAUUCACGAGAUCAUCAUGGCUCGCAUGGAAGCGGGAAUGCCCGCGUUGAAGGUCGUUUCACUGCCGAACACCCCCCGCCCGCCUCUCGAUGAUGCCGCCGCGCUCAGACUCUGCUCGUCGGUGGAAGAUAUGGUGUAUUGGAAGGAGACGUUCGAGGAACGUGGUGAUAAGAUUGACUUGUUGGCGAUGUGA